AUGGUUUCCGUAUACGUUAACGAAAAAGCUGGCGAGGACGCCGCCGGCUGUGGCUCGCAAGAGAAGCCAUACCAAACUGCUGCCUACGCACAAUUUGUCGCACCCGAAAGCUCGAUUCUCGUUCACAAGGAGAACGAUGAGACCAAGGAGUUUGAGUAUGUCGAGAUCUCCGCCUCUGCCUUGAAAAAAGCCAAGAAGGGUGCCGAAGGUUUGAAGAAAAAGCAAGAGAAACAGGCCAAGCAAGAGCAAGAUGCUGCUAAGAAGGCUGCUGACGCCGCUAAGAAAUUGGCUGAGUUGGACUUGGUGGAGAUCACCGAGGACACUUCUCUUCCAGCUGCCGACAAGAUCAAGUUGAAGUCCAUUGGUGACUUCAUUGGUAAGAGAGUUGCUGUCAGAGGUUGGGUUCAUCGUUUCAGAUUGCAGAAGGGUCUUGGUUUCGUUACCUUGAGAGACGGUACGGGAUUCCUCCAGUCUGUCUUGACCGGUGACUUGGCCAAAUCCCGUGUUGCCAACGAAUUGACCAUCGAGUCCACCAUCCUCAUCAAGGGUGUUGUCGAGAAGUUGCCAGAGGGUAAGUCUGCCCCAGGAGGUGUUGAGUUGAAGGCUGAUUACUUUGAGGUCAUUGGUUUGGCUCCAUCUGGUGAUGACGCAUUCACUAACAAGGUCCAAGAAAAGGCUGACCCAUCUUUGUUGUUGGACCAACGUCACUUGGCCAUGAGAGGUGAGACCUUGUCUUCUGUUUUCAAGGUUAGAGCUGUUUUGUUGUCUGCCAUGAGACGUUUCUUCGCCGAGGAGGGUUUGACCGAGGUCACUCCUCCAUGCAUGGUGCAAACCCAAGUCGAGGGUGGUUCCACUUUGUUCAAGUUAGACUACUACGGUGAGGAGGCUUACUUGACUCAAUCAUCCCAAUUGUACUUGGAGACCUGUUUGCCAGCCCUUGGUGACGUGUUCUGUGUCCAGGAGUCUUUCCGUGCUGAGAAGUCUCACACCAGAAGACACUUGUCUGAGUACACUCACGUUGAGAGUGAAUUGGCUUUCUUGACCUUCGACGAGAUGUUGGACCACUUGGAGAGACUUUUCACUACUGUCAUCAAGUAUGUUCUUGAAGACCCAAUUGCUGGUCCUUUGGUGGAGAAGUUGAACCCAGGUUUCAAGGUCCCAGAGAUGCCUUUUAAGAGAAUGGCCUACGUCGAUGCCUUGGAAUGGUUGAACGAACACGGUAUUCCAAACGAGGAUGGUGAAAAAUUCAAGUUCGGUGACGACAUUGCUGAGGCUGCCGAGAGAAGAAUGACAGAUGAAUUGAACGUUCCAAUCUUGUUGACCCGUUUCCCUGUGGAGAUCAAGUCUUUCUAUAUGAAGAAGUGUUCUGACGACCCUCGUGUUACCGAGUCUGUUGAUGUCUUGAUGCCUAACGUUGGUGAGGUUACUGGUGGCUCCAUGAGAAUUGAUGACUACGAUGAGUUGGCUGCUGCCCUCAAACGUGAGAACUUGAGUGCUGAAGAUUACUACUGGUUCAUGGACUUGAGAAAGUACGGUACUUGUCCUCACGGUGGUUAUGGUUUGGGAACUGAGAGAAUCUUGGCUUGGUUGUGUCACAGAGAAACUGUUAGAGAGUGCUCUUUAUACCCAAGAUUUACUGGCAGAUGUAAGCCAUAA